AAUCCCGCUGGGAGUCGCAUCCUACCUGGCUGGGAGGUGUACUGCCGAGCCACACUCAUCCCCUCGGUACUCUCCUGGCUGGUGCUGAGGUGGGAGAAAAAGUCCUAGCUUGGAGAACUGAGCGGAAAAAGCGAUCCUGAUGGGUUCUUGGAAAGCUUUUCUCUUCUCUCCCUUUCUUCUGUGGAGUCAAAGUAGAGUGGUGAGGCUCAUGUUCUUGUUACUGACCCUGCAUCUGGGAAACUGUGUUGAUAAAGUGGAUGAUGAAGAUGAUGAGGAUUUAACAGUGAACAAAACCUGGGUCUUGGCACCAAGGAUUCAUGAAGGAGAUAUAACACAAAUUCUCAACUCAUUGCUUCAAGGCUAUGACAAUAAACUUCGCCCAGAUAUAGGAGUGAGGCCCACUGUAAUUGAAACUGAUGUUUAUGUAAACAGCAUUGGACCAGUUGAUCCCAUAAAUAUGGAAUACACAAUAGAUAUAAUUUUUGCUCAAACCUGGUUUGACAGUCGUUUAAAAUUCAACAGUACCAUGAAAGUGCUUAUGCUUAACAGCAAUAUGGUAGGGAAAAUUUGGAUUCCUGACACGUUCUUCAGAAACUCAAGAAAAUCUGAUGCACAUUGGAUAACAACUCCUAAUCGUCUGCUUCGAAUUUGGAAUGAUGGACGAGUUCUAUAUACUCUAAGAUUGACAAUUAAUGCAGAAUGUUACCUUCAGCUUCAUAACUUUCCCAUGGAUGAACAUUCCUGUCCACUGGAAUUUUCAAGCUAUGGGUACCCUAAAAAUGAAAUUGAGUAUAAGUGGAAAAAACCUUCUGUAGAAGUGGCUGAUCCUAAAUACUGGAGAUUAUAUCAGUUUGCAUUUGUAGGGUUACGGAACUCAACUGAAAUUUCUCACACAAUCUCUGGGGAUUAUGUUAUCAUGACAAUUUUUUUUGACCUGAGCAGACGAAUGGGAUAUUUCACUAUUCAAACCUACAUUCCAUGUAUCCUGACCGUUGUUCUUUCUUGGGUAUCUUUUUGGAUCAAUAAAGAUGCAGUACCGGCAAGAACAUCACUUGGUAUCACUACAGUUCUGACUAUGACAACUCUGAGCACAAUCGCCAGGAAGUCCUUACCUAAGGUUUCUUAUGUGACUGCGAUGGAUCUCUUUGUUUCUGUUUGUUUCAUUUUUGUUUUUGCAGCCUUGAUGGAAUAUGGCACUUUGCAUUAUUUUACCAGCAACAAAAAAGUAAAGACCACUAGAGACAAAAAGCUAAAGAAUAAAAGCUCGAUGUCCCCUGGACUCCAUCCUGGAUCCACUCUGAUUCCAAUGAAUAACAUUUCUCUGCCCCAUGGAGAAGAGGAUUAUGGGUAUCAGUGUUUGGAGGGCAAAGAUUGUGCCAGCUUCUUCUGUUGCUUUGAAGACUGCAGAACAGGGUCAUGGAGGGAAGGAAGGAUACACAUACGCAUUGCUAAAAUUGACUCCUAUUCUCGAAUAUUUUUCCCAACAGCUUUUGCCCUGUUCAAUCUGGUUUAUUGGGUUGGCUAUCUUUACUUAUAAGUUCUAUUUAUCAGGCAAAAAUUGUAAGAAGUUAAACUAAAUCCAAUAUAAUCUAUUGCUUUCAAUAAUAUGAAGUUUAAAUUUAAAAUGCAGAGAAACCAAUGGUUAAAAUGUAAAAGCAUUGUAACUAUUCUACCGAUUCAUAGGUAAAUAAAGUAGCAGCUUUCAUUUUAAUUUACUUAAAUAUAUGUAAAAGAGAUUAGUUGCAGAAUUAAGUAUAGUAAAAUACUAUUAUAUAUUUUUACUUUAAUCUUAUUUAUUUUACUUGUAUCCCAUUAGGAUUUUGAAUUCAUAAGUCUGUGAUUUAUAUUUUAAAGAUGGAAAACUUUAAUAACUUUAGUAAUAUUUUAUUUAAAUAUAAUCUAUCGUUGUUUGUAAUGGGAACUUAACCUUGUGCCUAAUGUUUGUAGUAAUUUUUUGCUUAGAAAAUGUUGUUAUUUUGAUUUUUUUUUCUUAGUUUUUAUUUGUAUGCUUUGUUUGGAAUAGAGCUAAUUAAAACCAUAAAGCCAAGAUUUCCUGGCAUUUAUAUCCAGAUGUUUUACUCCCAAGAACAAAUUAAAUUAGAAUAAAAGACCAAUUAUUACCUUAUUAAAAGGCCAAUUUUUAUAUGUAUUUUAAUCGAAUCCAUUUCCUGACACAAUAUUAAAUAGUAUUGUAGUUACUUCAGUUUUGGUGAUUUAAAAACUAGGAUGAAAACCACCAAAGUAAUUUAUAUUUUAAAUAUAGAUGAAAAAGAAAUUACAUUUAACCAUUUUAUUCUCUGACUCACAGUAUUUAUGAAGUAUAAAGAAGUUAACACUGAAAUUAAAUACAGAAAGAAUUGAUUUUUUUCUUUUUGCUCUACAAAAGUGUUAUGUUCCCUAAACUGAAAAAAAAAAAAAGAAGAAGAAUAGUGCUGGUAUUCACUCAUUGUGGGAAAAGAAUUAUUAUCUAGCAAAUUGAGUAACCAUUCAUAUUGAGGAUAUGGUCUUAAAUAUGUACUAUUAAUAAUUGCCAGACUAAAAGAGUCCUAAAAAUAGAGUUUUAGGUGUGUGUCACAUGUUGUCUUUGCCAGCUCCUACACUGUCCAUUUUAUAUCUAUGUUGUAAAUUGUUAUGAUGUUCUCUUAAAAAAAAAAAAUGAAAGCAGGCUCAAA